UCAAUGGAACUGGGACAAUUGAUUGGUGGAAAAGAAAGAAUCUACAAGUUGAAGAUUGAAUUUGUGAAUACGGACAAGUGAACGAAAACGUUAUUAAAAUGCUGAAUUUUUCCAAGCUGUAUUUUUGUCAGCAAAUUACACAUGGCAUUUCUUGACCUCUCCGAACCUCCCAAAGAUCCAAAUAUACCUUUUCAUAGUAUUCAAACACUGAACAGAUUAUUGACCUUCAACACUGUUGUCUAAGCAAUAAAAAGAUACCUUUUAUUUCUUGUCUAUACGAAUAUCGAAUAUCGAAGAACUCAAGAUUUAUUCCCUAUGUAACAAUCUUUGUCUCCAUUCAACUUCACACAUGAAAAACAUUUUCUUUAAAUACCACUAUAUUUCUCCAUCUCUCUCUCUCUCCUCCAGUCUUUCAUUUGACAUUUUCUUCCUUUGCUCUUCUUUCUUUCGACCUUUCGUUACACAUUUCUCGUUCUUCUCGCUCUGAUUUCAAUGUUUGGGAUGGAGGUAAUAAACGAUGAUGAUUUCUUGAGCCUUAAGCUUGCCCUUGUCACAGAUCCAACUUAUCAUGAUAGAAUGAUAGAAACUAAGAUAAUCGAAACUCCGACAAACUCGGAUUCAAGUGAAACCUGUGAAGAAGGCAAAAUAUUCUCCCUCUUCCAAACAAGGGAGCAAAUGCUAAAGCAGCUCGAUCACAAGACAGACACCGAAACUCUUGAAGAAGACGGAAAAGGGCUUCAACUAAUCCAUCUCCUCCUCAUAUCUGCCACAUCAGUUGACGAAAACAACAUCCCCUCAGCUAUCGAAAACCUCUGCGAACUGUACCAGAAUGUUUCCUUGUCAGGAGAUUCUGUCCAAAGGGUUGCUGCCUAUUUCGCUGACGGACUUAUCGCAAGACUCCUCACAAGAAAAUCUCCGUUCUACGAUAUGAUAAUGGAGCCCCCAACUCCCGAGGAACAGUUCUUGGCAUUCACAGAACUCUACAAGGUUUCGCCAUUCUAUCAAUUUGCUCAUUUCACCGCAAACCAGUCUAUUAUCGAAGCCUUUGAGAGAGAGGCAAACACCAACAACAGGGCUUUGCAUGUCAUCGAUUUCGACAUAUCUUACGGAUUCCAGUGGCCUUCUCUCAUGCAAUCUCUAUCAGAAAAGGCAACUGCAACAGAUCGAAUCUUGCUCAGAAUCACAGGGUUCGCCUCGAGCUUGGAACAACUUCAAGAAACUGAAUCAAGACUGGUGAGUUUUUCUAAAGGGUUUCGGAACUUAGUGUUUGAGUUUCAAGGCAUUGUGAGAGGAUCUAAGUUUGCGAGACCGAAGAUAAGGAAGGGCGAAACGGUUGCAGCCAACUUAGUAUUUCAUCUGAAUUCAUUAAACAGUUACUCCAAGAUUUCCGACACGCUAAAGUACAUCUACUCGCUGAGACCUUCCGUUGUGGUACUUGUUGAACAAGAAGGAAGCAGAAAAACUCAGAAUUUCUUAUCGAGAUUCAUGGAGUCGUUGCAUUACUUUGCAGCGAUAUUCGACUCGCUGGAUGAUUGCCUUCCACUCGAUAGUGCUGAGAGGUUAAGUAUCGAGAGGAAUCAUCUGGGGAAAGAGAUUAAACAUGUGAUGAACUACGAUAAAGACGGGGGGAAAUGUCUGAGGUAUGAGAGGAUGGAGACAUGGAAAGGGAGAAUGGAGAAUCACGGGUUUUUGGGAAUUAGGCAAAGUUCGAAUUCUGUAAUGCAGGCAAAACUGCUGCUGAAAAUAAGAAGCCAUUGUUCACCUGUACAUAUUGAUGGAGAAAAUGGUGGUGGUUUUAGGGUGUUUGAAAGAGAUGAUGGGAGAGCUAUUUCUCUGGGAUGGCAGGACAGGUUUCUGUUAACUGCCUCUUCUUGGUGUUGUGAAUAACUUGUAACUAUGUAAUAAUGUAUACAUGCAUCUCUUCGUUUGUUCGUUUUUUAAUGAAACUUUGUUUUCGUAUUAA